GCAUCCUUUGGAAAAAAGCUGCUGGAAGAAAAAAAGAAAGGAAAUCUCUGUGACAGAAGCAAGUUGAAGACAUGUUCUCAGUGCUACAGAAAACCAUCCGGCCAGUUCAGGCUGCCAGAGGAGCACAUCAAUCUGCGGUGAAGAUCCUGAAGCAUCCAGCUCAGGAGGACACAGUCACAGCCAGUUUUGGGCAGUUCAUCAGUGAAAUCAAGCCCCAGCAUUUGUCCCCGGUUGUCCUCCAGCGCAGUAAAAGGAUGGUGCUGGACAGCAUUGGGGUCGGCCUCAUUGGAAGUACAACAGAUGUCUUUGAUCUGGCCCUGCAGCACUGCCAGCAUAUGUAUGCGCCUGAUUUCAUCAGCUCUGUGUACGGCCGCAGCAACGUCCGGCUUUCCCCAACCCUGGCUGCUUUCGUCAAUGGAGUGGCGACUCACUCCAUGGACUUUGACGACACCUGGCAUCCAGCAACGCACCCAUCAGGGGCCGUCCUUCCUGCUGUGUUAGCGCUCAGUGACAUGAUGCCAGCCAGCAAGAAACCCAGCGGUCUGGACUUCUUACUCGCGUUUAAUGUGGGCAUUGAGAUCCAGGGCCGCCUGAUGAGGUUUUCCAAUGAGGCCCGCAAUAUUCCUAAAAGGUUUCAUCCUCCCACUGUGGUCGGUCCUAUGGGAAGUGCAGCAGCCUGUGCUCGCCUCCUGUCUCUGGAUUCCUCUCAGUGCGGUCAUGCCUUGGCGAUAGCUGCUUCCUUGGCUGGAGCUCCCAUGGCUAACGCUGCCACUCAGUCUAAACCCCUCCACAUCGGCAACGCCUCCCGCCUUGGGCUUGAAGCUGCACUUCUGGCAUCCAGAGGCCUCGAGGCCAGUCCUCUGGUGUUGGAUGCUGUUGCAGGAGUAGCAGGCUUUAGUGCUUUUUAUGAAGAUUACAUGCCACAGCCCUUAGAUUCACCCCAUGAUGGUCAUGCAUUCCUGUUAGAGGAGCAGGACAUGGGCUUCAAGCGCUUCCCCGCCCAUCUGGGGAUGCACUGGGUGGCAGAUGCUGCAGCUUCUGUCCAUAAGCUUCUAGUGGGCGUUGGUCCUGGAAAGGUCUCUCCAGAUCAAGUCCAGGACAUCUUGCUCAGAGUCCCGCUCUCUAAGUACAUCAACAGGCCUUUUCCUGAGUCAGAGCAUGAAGCUCGCCACUCCUUCCAGUUUAACGCCUGCAGCGCUCUCCUGGAUGGUGAGGUGACCGUCCAGUCCUUCACGCCAGGCGCCAUUAGCCGCCCCGAGCUCCACGCUCUGUUGAGCCGCGUUCGGCUGGAGCAUCCCCACGACAACCCCGCAAACUUCAACUUGAUGUACGGGGAGGUCCAGGUGACGCUUGUGGGAGGAGACGUUCUGAAGGGACGCUGUGAUACCUUCUACGGCCACUGGCGCAACCCGCUGACCAACGAGAGCCUGAGGAAGAAGUUCAGGAACAAUGCAGAAGUGGUGCUUCCAUCAGCGAAGAUUGAGCGGCUAAUUGAGGCGGUGGACGGGCUGGACAGACUUGACGACUGCCACGACUUACUCUCACAGCUGCAAUGAAGAUUUUCAAAUCUACACUUGAAAAUAACAGAGUCUGACUAUUUAGUGCAAAGUAACCUCAAAAUGCGACAAAAAAAAUAUACUGAACUUUAUAUUUAUAUUAAAGAUAUUUUAUCAUCACAAAGAGUUUCCUUUACCUAAAAAGAACAUUAAAUGCUUGCUGCUGAGUAAGGUUGAGUUUCUCGAAUCAACACAGGGAAAAUAUUUAGUCUAGAAAAAAAAUCUAUAAUGUGACUGAAAAAAGAAUGUAAUUAAAUCAUUAGAGGAGAACAGACUGGGUCAAAAUAGGAUGUGUUUAGUUAGUGUUACAUAGUGCAACUAUUUAAUAUGUAUAUAUGCUGUAUGGCUAAAUCAGUUGUUUAUUGAAAUACUUGUUUCAGGCAAAGCCUCACAUAUUGUACUUGGCAAA